CGCUCUCACGCUACCCAUAACCCCCCGCGCCUCCAUCCUUCUCUCCAUGCAGCAUGUCCGUGAUAGAGGGUCCGUUAAACGUGCUCGGCCAGAGGACGACCGGCGAGUCCGUGAGGACUCAGAACGUCAUGGCCGCCGCGUCCAUUGCUAAUAUCGUGAAGAGCUCUCUCGGUCCCGUCGGACUGGACAAGAUGUUGGUGGAUGACAUCGGAGACGUGACCAUCACCAAUGAUGGAGCCACCAUCCUGAAGCUGCUGGAGGUGGAGCACCCGGCGGCUAAGGUCCUCUGUGAGCUAGCAGAGCUGCAGGAUAAGGAGGUUGGAGAUGGCACAACAUCAGUGGUGAUCAUCGCCGCCGAGCUGCUGAAGAGUGCCGAUGAGCUCGUCAAACAGAAGAUCCACCCCACCUCCAUCAUCAGUGGAUACAGACUGGCCUGCAAGGAGGCAGUCCGAUACAUCAAUGAGAAUCUGACCAUCAGCACAGAUGAUUUGGGCAGAGAGUGUCUCAUCAAUGCUGCCAAGACAUCCAUGUCCUCUAAGAUUAUUGGAGUUGAUUCCGAUUUUUUUGCUAAUAUGGUGGUGGACGCUGCCCUGGCUUCAGACAUCACGAAGGAGCGCAUUCAGAAGAUCCUGGCGUCGGGGGCAAAUGUGAUUCUGACCACAGGAGGCAUUGAUGACAUGUGUCUGAAAUACUUUGUAGAUGUAGGAGCCUUGGCUGUGAGGAGGGUGCUCAAGAGGGACCUCAAGCGCAUCGCCAAAGCAACUGGGGCCACUGUGUGCUCGUCUCUGUCUAACCUGGAGGGAGAGGAGACGUUUGAGGCGGCCAUGCUGGGUCAGGCAGAGGAGGUGGUGCAGGACAGAGUGUGUGACGACGAGCUCAUCCUCAUCAAGAACACAAAGGCACGCACGUCUGCCUCUAUCGUCUUGCGUGGGGCGAAUGAUUUCAUGUGUGAUGAAAUGGAGCGCUCGCUGCAUGAUGCCCUGUGUGUGGUGAAGAGGGUGCUGGAGUCCAAAUCUGUGGUACCAGGAGGUGGCGCUGUAGAGGCUGCGUUGUCCAUUUAUCUGGAGAACUAUGCAACAAGCAUGGGUUCCCGUGAGCAGCUGGCUAUUGCUGAGUUUGCUCGCUCUCUGCUCGUCAUUCCUAAAAGUCUGGCAGUCAACGCCGCACAAGACUCCACUGACCUGGUGGCCAAACUCAGAGCCUUCCACAAUGAGGCUCAGGUCAACCCUGAACGCAAGAACCUCAAAUGGAUCGGGUUGGACCUGGUGAAUGGAAAGCCAAGAGACAACAAGCAGGCGGGAGUGUAUGAACCCACGAUGGUUAAAACCAAGAGUCUGAAGUUCGCCACAGAGGCAGCCAUCACCAUCCUUCGAAUCGAUGACCUUAUCAAGCUCUUCCCUGACCAGAAAGAGGGCGGGCCCUCCUACCAGGAUGCUGUCCAAUCAGGAUCUCUGGAGGGAUAAAGUCCAGCUGCAUCAACUCUUUAAUUGGCUGGUUCUGGUGUCGCUCCUCUCAGCUUAUAUAUUUAUAUUUGGAUCCAACUGAUGAGCUGUUAUAGUGUAGAAUGUGCACUUUGUUUGCGUUACAUAUGUUUUGCUAUUAACAUGGCUUGUUUGUCAUGUGUAAUGUAACAAAUGUUCCUUUUUCUGCCAUUUCAAAGACAAUAAACCAGAAUGGUGUUGAAAGG